UGCCGGACCUGACUUCUUCAUUUCUCUCCCCUUCCCUCCCCAAAAAAAACCUCCCUCAGCUCCAGGAACAGGCAGAUUGUGUUCCCCUCACCGCCUCAAACCAAACUGAAACCUCAAGGUUUCCCCAGAGCCUCCAACCAUCUCUCCGUCGUUCAGUCCCCCCUGCUGUCCUCCGCCGUGGGAACACACAUCCAGCUCCUUCACCCAGCGAGGACGGUGGAGCGAAUCAUGCCCUCCGACUUUCUAACGCCUUUUCUGGAACUGGACGAGGAGUUCUGCAAGAAUUUCCGCGGCCUGGAGGCGACAGAUGGCUCGCCUGCUGGCUCGCGGCAGCAGCACAGUCUGAGGGUUCUGGGCUUCCAGCGUCGCCAUUCUCUCUGCCCCGUCACCCUCCCCAACUCCAAGUUCAACAGUAGCAGCAGCAGCAGCAGCUCCGAGGUGGCCGACUCAGCCUGCUGGGGGCUCAACGUGGCCUCCACCCAGCAGUGGAGCAGGGAGAGUCAGCUUCCCCGCUCCUCACUCAGCCACAUCCCCUUCAGAGUCGACCGCUCGGUCAGCAUGAUCGAGGGCAACUUGGGCGGCAGAGAGGACAGAAUGGCAAACGUGUCCCCGCCUCUGCUGCUCCCUCCGCCGGGCCUCUGCAUCAGCAGUACCUCUCUGUCCUCCACUGCUUCCCCCACUGCCUCCAGACCCCCAGCCCCUUCACCUCACAUCUCCACCCGGUACAAGACCGAACUGUGUCGCACCUAUGAGGAAAGUGGGACCUGCAAAUACGGCACCAAGUGCCAGUUCGCCCAUGGCUUGGACGAGCUGAGAGGCCUCAGCAGGCACCCCAAGUACAAGACAGAGCCGUGCCGCACGUUCCACACGAUAGGCUUCUGCCCGUACGGCGCCCGCUGCCACUUCAUCCACAACGCCGACGAGCUCCAGGGCGGAAACGCUGCUGCGCCUCCUGAGAAGCAGAGGCUGAGGCCUCCUCUGCUGCGUCACAGCCUCAGCUUUGCAGGCUUCUCCUCUCCACAGACCUUCCAGCCCGUUGAGGAGUCACAACCUUCUUCCCUCCUCUUCACCCGGGCCUCCUCGGUUUCCCCAUCUCCAUCCUCCGCAGGGAGUCCAGAGCUCCUGUCCCCUCUCUUCCCCGAGCCGGGGGCACUGAAGCAUUGCCCCUACCCCUUCUCCGGCGUCACCGACCUGGCAGGAGACGGCGGCGAUUCCACUCCACGCUUCUACGCGGUGACCGAUUCUGUCAGUGGCAGGUGUCCCGCCUCCACCGUCACCUCCACAAACCCAAACCCCCGCUACCACCUCCCCCAGCAGCUGCCAGUCUCCCUCAACGCCCCGCCCGGCCUUCAGCGCUGCUCCUCGGCCGACUCCCUGUCUGAGGAAGGCUACACCUCCUCGUGCUCCCUCAGCUCUUCCUCCAGUGGCGCAGACUCACCAAGCUUCGAAGGCCGGCGCCUGCCCAUCUUUAGCCGCCUGUCCGUCUCAGACGAGUAGGGAAAGGUUUUACCGCGGGGCUGAAUUUAAUCCGGGAUAGAUGGUCUAGUUGUUUGAAUCUGUGACCAGGAUCUGAUGUUUUGUGUCCAGUCUAAAAACAAAAGAGCAGCUUUUUAAUGAAAUAAACGAAGCAGAAACUCAGUUGUCAGCUAGACAUUUGAAAGCUCAGAUACGAGUCACGGAGGAGUAAAACAUUAGGUUUUCAGUUCCCCCCUAAAGCCAGCCGGGUAAACGUACCGAACUUUGUGCAUAUUGCAUUUCUCAUCCAAGCAGCUGUAGCGCUGCUCAGUGUUCGUCCAGUUUUAGCCGACUUCUCCUUUUGUUCGAUUGUUGUUUUUGUAAGGUUGUUCUUUUAUGCCGUUGUUACUGCUGUAUACUGUUGUAUACCCAUUUUUAGAGAAAACCUGCAGGGUACUUCACUUAGCCGUUCCUGCUCAGUGGGAAGUUCUGUGUGAGAGCUUCCUGUACCCUGAUUUACAAAGGACUUUAAUAUUAGUGCUGUUUGCCCUGUGUAGGACUGGUGUGCUAUCACAAUGUUUUUUACAGAUCUGAUGUCUUAUUUUACUCCUUCCAAGUGAUGCCAGCCUGCAGCACUUCUCCAGUCAUAUUCAGGGCUCUCCGACUGUAUGAAACCAACCUCUUGUCCAUGAGUAAGAGGGUUAAAUAACUGUAUGCUGUCGCUGAUUGAUUAAUUGAUUGGUUGCAUGGCUGUGGCCACCUGAUUGUAUUUGGCAAUUUAACUGCCUGGCAAGGAUUCAGCUAAACUGCCUUAGCAACAAAAAAUAGCACAAGUGUAGGCAACCCAGUGACUCUCUAGUUACCAAAGCUAAUGCUAGAUUUCCCCUAACCUACUAGUACUGUUAACACCUAGACUAGCCUUUCGCAACCACAGCGAACAUACAGCGUUUUGAUUAUUGUCAGUGUAGCUUAACACUUUUCUAGACUUAUUUAUUGCUUUUGUAUUAUGUGACUUUGCUUUGUGAUUAUGUUUAUGCAUUUUUUUUUUGUAAUACCAGAGAAAUUAUGCUUUACUUAUGCAUCCAUGAUGUCCGUCUGCUUCUUACGCCAUCCAGUAGUUUUAAGGAGGCUCGUGGAGAGGAGAGGAGAGGAGAGGAGGAAGAAAAGCAUUUUGGCAUUCUAUAUGUAUGUUGCCUUACUGGCUGACAGGCCUGGCAGAAAUCAAGACUCACUGAAUUUUCACGUGAAAAGCAGCUCGGCGAGUUUGGCGGCGGCGUCUCAGAGCGCUGCUUUCUGCUGGUGGUGUGAACCUACAGUGAGUCUGCUCUCCUCUCCAUGAAGCCUCACACCUCUGACUGUAAUAACACCUUUUAAACCUGAAUAGUGCUGUUAUCUAAACACAAAGCAAUGCAGUGAUGGAAGAGAGUCAGCAGCGCUAAAUGCAAAUGCGGGCAUCGGUUUGGGAGCGACACAACCAUCAAAAGAUUUUAACGAUGGGAGAUCGUGUUGAUUUGAGUGACUAAUCCGAGUGUCCAUCAGGGCUGCUGCAUUGCUGCAUUGUGGUCUCGGUGUGUGGAAAUUCCUACCUGUGUGCUCUCUUUUCCUCUCACGACGAAGACAAAAUGUGGAUUUUUAUCUAUCAGAGUUGCCUUGAUGACAAUGUGUUUGUAGGUCGACCUCUGUUGCACGCUAGCUAGCUAGCUAACUCUGAGCGGCAGGUGAAAUCAAGCGAGUUCGAAGGAAACCAGACGAGGUGGUGCGAUCGUCUGUCGACUCAGCCUGCACUGACGAGUCCAGAGACGCUCGUCGCUUGUUGCUGUAGCUUAUCGUCAGCUUCAUUUGACAGCAAGCCGUUUUUGUAACUUUUGUUAACUUAAAGUCUUAUUUAUUGUUUUUUCAAAGCGAACCCUAUAUUGUGUUGUUUGAUACUGUGUUUUUUUGUUUUACAUAAUUUAAGUGCAUUUAUUGUUUACAUU